AUGGCUGAAACCGUGGGCCUGGCUGCAGCUGGUGUAGGCUUUGCUAGCCUUGCGGUACAAUUAGUUGAUUGCAUUCACAAGCUACAUGAUCUUCAUGCAAACAUUCGCGACGCUCCCAUGGAGAUUCGCGCAAUUCUCCGCGAAGUUGACCCCUUAGGCGAGGUCCUCACCCGCUACUCAAGUCUCUCUGGAGCGGCUACCGAGACCUCCCUCAGCCAUUGCUCUGAAGUCCUCAAUAUUCUUCGCAACAUCGCUCACGAGCUCGAGACCAUGAUGCAGACGUCACGCACAAGGCGAUGGAUAAAUUGGACCAAGGCCGACGCUGCCUUUAAGCGCAAACGACUUGCGAACCAACAGGCGGCCCUCGAAAGAGCCAAAUCAACACUUAUGUUGGCUCUCAUGAUGGAUCAAUAUUCACAGCACUUUUUAACUGGAAAUGCGACGAUACUUGGAGAGCUGGCAGUCAACGUACCCUUGGAGACUGUCGAUGCCGUCAACGUCACCCCCGAAGCAACUGUCGCAAGACCACGAGCUGCAAGAUCAAGCUUCAGCAUUACCAUGUACAAUCUGGGAAUAGCCAUGGUCAUGAUCAAGAGCAAGAAUGUUCCGCAACAAUAUGAAACUGACAACAAUGCACAUGCGGACGCUCGCGAAGUGACUAUUUCAUUUGCAUCCUGGCUUUUCAAUCGCGCGGUGGCGCUCAUCUCGCAUUGUAAUCCGAAUUUAACGGAGAUGACGCUACAGAUUGCUCGUCUUGUUCGGCCUGACGCAGAGAUAUUUCACCUUUGUGCUGCGGGUGACGCUUUAGGUGUACGAAAGCUUAUUGCUGAUGGAAAGGCUUCAGCAUCAGAUGUCACUUAUGAAGGGAUGACUCCACUAAUGGUGAGCCUUUGUGUACAUGUCAUCACGGAUUCAUCUGCAUUGCAAUCCGAAGGCAAGAGGCUGAAAUGCCUGUUAGUCGCAUUCGCUAACACCAGUGUGUUGCAGGUCGCUGCCCACCAUCUGCAAGCUGGUGUAUGCCGUGCUCUUCUUGACGCUGGUGCCGAUGUGACGGUCACGAUGCCAGUAAAAAUCUCGGAGAUACUUACGGUCAAACUGUAUGAUAUUUUCCUAGUCCCACUUGAUUCCGCUGAUCAUCCCUUCAGAACUGCUCUGCACAUGGCUGUGACAAGAGCCGUGCCCAAUACUAUUAUUGCUGCUCUUAAGGCGCAUGCGAACCCAUGGGACGACUAUUGGGUAGAAUCACAGUCGGAAUCCGUUUCGGUUGGAAAACCCACCAUAACAAGUAUGAAUACUGCCCGUGUCAUCGUCGAGCACGGCGGAAGCUCCGUCGAUAUCGGCUGGUCGCCACUUUCUGGCGACAAUGCUGAUUGUAUUGAUGACCUCGAGCGACUGACCCCUGGUCAUCUGUCUCUCUGUGCGCCAGAAGACCUUCUCUGGCUAAUAGCACCCGAGAGAAUCAAUCUCCUGGGACAGGAGUUGGAUCUUUUCUACAUGUCGAUGUUGAGGACGCAGUGCCGUCUCGGGAGUUUCGUUGGUUUCAGUGCACACAGGAUCUCCGCCCUCUUUCAAAAGGUCACUGAUUUUUCAACACUAGCGCGUAUACAUGAUCACAUCAAAACAGGCAUCUUACAUCAUCUGCUCUGCCGGCUACCAUAUAUUGAGGUUGACCCCCUGCGAAUCAUUCUACUGCUGCUGGACCAACUGGUACAAGUAGGUGCGAUCGAGUUUGCAGACUCUAUGGGGAAUGGUACGCCCCUUAUGGAGGCCGCCUGGGUGAGCAUUGACUCUUAUGUAUACAAGUACGGCCUUUGGCGGCCUGAGUAUGCAUCUGAAAUUUUAACGAGCGGCUUGAAUCUCUGGCUGGAAAUGUUAGGAAGAGCAGGAGUGAGCAUUCGCCAGUAUUUUGCCAGACAGUGCGAGCUUGGUGCAACGGAUCGAAUGGCAUGCUACGUACGACCGAAAUACACCGAAUGGUUCCCCGGGCAGUUCCUCGACCACAGAUGGUACGUCGAAAUGACGUUCUGGGAGAACCCUGACGCAACUGUGGCCAACAACCCUCGUGAUUUCAGCAUUGGAGUCAAGUACUACUCUGUUCAAUGCAAUUACCCUGUUCCGGGAGCUUGGAGUGAUGAUUCAGAGCAGAUUGAACAAAGCGAUCGGGAUGAUGUCCAGCUCAGGGUUGAUGGGCUAGAUAUUGAAGACGACGACGACGACGACGACGACGACGACGAAGACGGCGAGGGCUGGAACGGGGACGCAGAAGACGAGAACUGUGAUGGAGUCGCUGACCCUGAUUGA